AUGCGUCGAAAGGUCUACAAAGAAAUUUAUAUCUAUAAUUACUAUGGUUCGCCAACACCUUUACGCAGAGCAAAAACCAUCUCUGCAGACUGCGAGGAGCCGGUUCUACAGGAGAAAGUCAUCCACUCAGCGACGCAGUGCGCAUUCGCGACGUCGCAACUCGUCGCGUGCGCCCGAGUUGUCGCGCCAACGAUCGAAAGCAACGCGUGUCAAGAGCAACUUACAAGUGCCGCUAAGCAGGUAUCGCAUGCGGUAACGGAAUUGCUGCAUGAUGCUGAAUAUGCUUGUGAACGAAGCCAUACUGGCGGUCGACAAUCGCUUACGGACAUCCAUGAAGCUGCCAGACAGACUUCACCAAAGAUCACGAGAACCACAGAGGAAGAGCAGUAUAAUGAAGUGUUGAGAACGACUCACAGAUUGAUCGCACACCAGGGUCCCAGUGAAGAUCUUACACGUGAAGCAAAGAAGGUCAUUCGACACAGUCAAAUUCUUAUGGAGCAGUUUGAACAUGAAGCGCAUGAGCCAUCGCUGGAGCAAAAGGCAUCGUCUAUGGCUGCUGUCGACGUGUCGCAACCGCCACCAGAAUGCGAGUCACGACCAACAGAAGCCGAAUCAGAAAUGGCCUUACGUAACGCCGCCGAACGACUGGUCACUGUGACAAAUGAGACGACCAGUGAGCAGCAGGCAAAACACAUUAUGGAGAAGCUGGAGCAGGCCGCUCGUCAAACGGCAUACGACGCACGCAGACGAUUGCAGCCGCCAACGCCCAAGACUACCGUGGAGAAUCUCGUCUAUGAGUGCACCGAGACGGCCGAGUAUAUUCCGAAGCUGAUCACUUCGAUCCGAGAAAGUCAGCAGGCACAAACGGCCAGUGAAAAGUUCCGCGCUCAAAGUCGUCUCAUACGCGAUGCACAUCAGAUUUUGGCACCAGCAACUCGUCUUGUGGAAGUGGCGCGUACAUCAGUGGCUCAUGUGAGCGAGAACCACAUCGCUUCGAAUCUCCAGCAGGCCAGCAACGGCCUGUCGACCAACCUCGCCGAGCUGCGCACUGCCUUGAAUUCCGCUCAACAGCUGAACUUCAGUCAACAGUUGUACCACAGCGAGGAACUCAUCCGGGAACUCGACCAGGAAAUCCAAGACGUACAGAAGGCGGCACUUAUGAAACAACUAUCUCCACCGCGAGGAGCAACUUCUCAAUCUGCCACCUCGCAUCUGAUGUCGUCAGCGAGACAGGUUGGUAGCAGUAUCGCCCAGUUGGUGUCGGCUGCCACAACCAAGGACGAGCAACACAUCGGUGCGUCGGCGGUAGAAGCAGCUCAGAGCCUCCGAGCAUUCACUGGCGCGGUAACGGAGGUCGUGUCAACAAGGACUGAUAUCCAUCUUGAUACGUUCAUUGUCUCGUCACGUUCAGUCGUUCAUGAUUCUGGAAGAGUAUUCGAUCAUGUACGAGAACAAGCACCACCAAAUGUGCUUGCCGAUGCGGCUAAGCAGGUAUCGGUGAGUCUGCGUCAGGUGAUCGCAUGUCUUCCUGACAACCAAGCCAUCGAGAAAGCGAUCACGCAGAUUCGUACAAUUGGCGUAUCGUCGACAGUUCGUGAACCAGACGUUCGCGUCGCGGCUUCGCGAUUGGUCGACGCGACGUCGCAGUUGAUAGUCUCUGUAAGGCAGCCGAAUAAUCAAGAAGCUGUGAACGCUUUCGUCUCAACAUACACCGACUUCCACACAGCCGUUAUUGCGUCCAUCAAGAACCUUCCGGACAUGGAAGCACGUCGUCAGACGGUUGAUCAACUCGAAACAGCCAGGGAGGAAUCCGUGACGUUACUGUCGUACUUCAGCGCAGCGUCAAGCGACGUAACGCAGACGAACACCGUAUCGCAAUCGUCGCGUAAGCUCAUCGAGACGGUGAACGAGAUUGUGGAGCAA